CAGUCUGUGCGCGGCUGCCGUGCAGGGAGGUCGCCGUGCAAGUGCCGAGUUCGCGUACGUGGCGUCUUACUAGGGACGAAGCUCCGCGUAUCUCUGUGGACACCUGUGCACCAGCCACUGUGUCGUCGUCGACGGAAUCCGACAGGAACCAGACCACAGUGAACACGAUCGAAAGUCUUGGUGGCAAGGACUCAAAGUACACAGCAGUGAAUGCAGCUGAAGUAAUAAAAUGGAUGCCGGUAAGAAACAUGAGAAGCCUCCUAACCCACGAGCAUCAGCUAAUCCACUUUCAGCCUUAACAUAUUGGUGGAUACUUGAUACAUUCAAGAAAGGCUACAAAAGAGAUCUGGAAAUAGAAGAUUUAUUUGUUCCUCUUAAGGAGCACAGAUCUGAUCUUCUUGGAGAUAGGAUUGAAAGGAUAUGGGAGGAUGAGCUGAAAAGAGCCAAACAAGCAAAUAGAUGUCCAAGUUUAACACGUGUGCUUUGUAGAUGCUUUGGUCUGAAGAUAAUGGCUUACGGCUUGGUCCUUGCAGCAACUGAACUAUUUUUAAGACUCCAACAACCUGUCUUCCUGGGUUAUCUGAUAAGAUACUUCACUUCACACAGCCAGAAGGAAAUUCUGCAGGAAAAGCUUACACAACCUUUGUUCUUAGGUCGACUGAUACGUUUUUUCAAUCCUGGAAGUGACAUUUCCGAAGAAGAGGCAUAUGGAUAUGCAGCUGCUGUUAUUUUAUGUUCAGCAUUCAACAUAUUUGUUAUUCAUCCGUAUAUGAUGGCUAUUCUCCAUAUGGGCAUGAAAAUAAGGGUAGCAUGCUGUUCACUUAUAUACAGGAAGGCACUGAAACUGAGCAAGACAGCACUAGGUGAAACAACAGCAGGCCAAAUUGUGAACCUACUUUCAAAUGAUGUUAAUCGUUUUGAUGUUGCUGUAAUAUUUGUCCAUUAUCUAUGGUUGGGACCUGUAGAAACAGUAAUUGUAGCAUAUUUUCUGUGGAAUAUAGUAGGAGUAUCAGCACUAAUAGGUGUGGCAUCACUGCUGCUCUUCAUACCACUGCAAGGAUACCUGGGGAAAAAAACAUCUACCUACAGAUUAAAAACAGCCAUAAGGACAGAUGAACGUGUCAGACUAAUGAAUGAAAUAAUUAGUGGAAUUCAAGUUAUAAAGAUGUAUACAUGGGAAAAACCAUUUUCAAAGCUUGUGUCUCAAGCCAGGAGGCAUGAAAUUAAAUCCAUAAGGGUCACAUCGUACAUUCGUGGUAUACUGCUUUCAUUCAUCAUGUUUACCACCAGAAUAUCAAUAUUUCUGACUAUCUUAGCAUAUGUUUUAUUAGGAUAUGAGAUAACAGCAGAAAAGGUUUUUGUUAUGACAUCAUAUUAUAACAUCCUGAGACAGACAAUGACAGUUUUCUUUCCACAAGGAAUCUCCCAAGUGGCUGAAGGCAUGGUGUCAAUAAAAAGAUUACAGAAAUUUCUUCUGUAUGAGGAAACAAUAAUUCAUCAGCCAAACAUGAGGAUGUCUGUCAAAACUGAUGAAAAUAAUAAAGAUACUCUGCCAGUUAAAACAAAACAGGUAGCAGAUGGUGUUGAAGGCAAUGGUGUGGCUUUAGACUGUAUUAAGUCUCAGAAUGAGAUGAAUGACAAAUCUUGUGAAAAAGUAAAUUCUGCACCAUCUGGUGGAAUAAUUCUGGAAAAAGCUACAGCUAAGUGGACCUCAGCUGCUAAUGAGAAUACAUUGACAGACAUAUCUUUGUCACUGCAUCCAGGCCAGUUGAUUGCGAUAAUAGGUCCUGUAGGGGCUGGAAAGACUUCACUAUUACACGUAAUUCUUAGAGAGCUGGAACUGUCAAGUGGUACACUUAAAAUCAAUGGGAGUGUUUCCUAUGCAUCACAGGAACCCUGGAUGUUUGCAGGUUCUGUGAGACAAAAUAUUCUUUUUGGCCAGCCAUAUGUUCGUGAAAGAUACAACCAUGUUGUGAAUGUUUGUGCACUGAAGCGUGAUUUCCAGCUCCUUCCUUAUGGGGACAAAACUAUAGUUGGUGAAAGAGGAGUUUCCCUCAGUGGUGGACAGAGAGCACGUGUCAAUCUUGCAAGAGCCAUUUACAAAAAUGCAGACAUUUAUCUUCUAGAUGAUCCCUUAUCAGCUGUUGACACACACGUUGGGAAACAUUUGUUUGAAGAUUGCAUAACAGAACAUCUCAAAGACAAAGCCAGGAUUCUUGUAACACAUCAGCUACAGUACCUGAAACAUGUUGAUAAAAUUGUCAUCCUGAAUAAUGGUCAAAUAGAGGCAAUGGGUACAUACAGUGAACUUCAAGCCAGUGGCCUGGAUUUUGCUUCUCUGCUGAAAGAAACAGAGAAUGAACCUGAAGAAGACCAGUUAUCUGAUGACAUUUCAUCUCUCAAGAGUAUUGCUCGUCUAUCUCUUGGGAGUGUGAACUCAGUUGAUGAAACUAAGCAACAGGAGCCAGUAGAAGUGGCAGAAAUGAGAACUUCAGGUCGUGUUGGAGGCCAUGUUUACAAAGGAUAUUUCAGUGCUGGUGGCAACUGCUGUGUCAUCUUCACAAUGUUUUUCAUGUUCUUCUUGGCACAAUUUGCAGCCAGUGGUGCAGAUUAUUGGCUUACAUACUGGACAAAUGUCGAGGAGCUUCGUAUGCAGAACAACAUUACUAAUUCUUCUGUCAGUGAAGAUAGCAUGGAAAUACCUGCUGACAGUACCCUUAUGAGCAGGGAGAUGUGCAUCUAUGUUUUUACCGCUGUAUCUGUUGCAGUGAUAAUUGUAUCCUUGACACGUUCAUUUCUUUUCUUUAUGGUAUGCAUGCGGGCAUCUAUGAAUUUGCAUGACCGUAUGUUCGAAUGCAUUACCAGAGCAAGAAUGUACUUCUUCAACACAAAUACAUCUGGUCGAAUAUUGAACAGAUUUUCAAAGGACAUGGGCUGUAUUGAUGAAAUGCUGCCACAAGCAAUGAUUGAUACACUACAGAUUGGCCUAGCACUUCUUGGUAUCAUUGUGGUUGUGGCAGUUGUUAACGUUUCACUUCUGAUACCUACUGCUGUUAUUGGGAUUGUAUUCUAUAUACUUCGCCUGUUCUAUCUGUCCACAUCUCGGAGUGUCAAAAGACUGGAAGGGAUAACUAGAAGUCCAGUUUUUGCUCACUUGAAUGCCUCACUUCAGGGUCUGACAACAAUAAGAGCCUAUGGAGCUCAAGAAGUGCUGGAGAAGGAAUUUGACAAUCAUCAGGAUUUACAUUCCUCAGCAUGGUUCAUUUUCAUUGCUUCAAGUCGAGCAUUUGGGUUUUGGCUGGAUGUAGUGUGUUUGGUAUACAUAGCACUGGUCACACUUAGUUUCCUGGUAAUUGGAGGAGAACGGUUUGGAGGAAAUGUUGGCCUUGCCAUCACACAAUCAAUUGGGCUGACUGGAAUGUUUCAGUGGGGCAUGAGGCAGUCAGCUGAACUAGAAAACCAAAUGACUUCAGUGGAACGUGUUUUGGAGUACACUACUCUGGAAAAGGAACCUUCACUGGAGUCGGAACAAGGUAAAAAGCCACCUGCCAACUGGCCAAAGAAUGGAGAGAUUGUGUUCAAGAACAUGUAUUUGAGGUAUGCUAAGGAUGAGCCUCCAGUGCUGAAGAAUUUGAACUUCGUCGUCCAAGCAAAAGACAAGGUGGGUAUUGUGGGCCGCACUGGAGCAGGAAAGUCGUCUUUAAUAGCAUCACUGUUUAGGCUGGCUGAUAUUGAGGGAUCUAUUAUUAUAGAUAAGAUCGACACUGCUACAAUUGGAUUGCAUGAUUUGCGUAGCAAAGUUUCUAUUAUUCCUCAAGAACCAGUUCUCUUCUCGGGAACAAUGCGUAAAAACUUGGACCCAUUUGAUGAACAUCCUGAUCAUGUAUUGUGGAAAGCUCUUGAAGAGGUGGAACUGAAAGAAGCUGUUGAGGACCUGACAGCUGGCUUAAAUUCAAAAAUGUCCGAGGGGGGCUCAAAUUUCAGUGUGGGACAACGACAAUUGGUGUGUUUGGCAAGAGCCAUUAUAAGAAAGAACAAAAUCCUUGUGAUGGAUGAAGCAACGGCCAAUGUGGACCCAAAGACCGACACUCUGAUCCAGAAAACCAUAAGGCAGAAGUUUAAUGAUUGCACAGUAUUGACAAUUGCCCAUAGGCUACAUACAGUAAUGGACAGUGACAAAGUGUUGGUGAUGGAUGCAGGGAUUGUAGUGGAAUAUGAUCACCCACACAAGUUACUACAAAACAUGAAUGGAUAUUUGUAUAAAAUGGUGGAACAGACUGGAAAAUCCAUGAUGGAAAGCUUAAUUAAAGUUGCUGAAGAGAGCUACAGAUCACAAGGAAAAAGCUGAAUAUAUAAACUGGUAUUAAUAAUGGAAUAGAUGCUGUUACAUUCCGUCAGUUGUGAUCUGAAGCCGUGUUUGAUUGGCCUUACUUAACACAGAACCAGCAAAGUUCUGUUGAAAUCUUCCUAGUCAAGAUACAUAUAGAAAGGAAAACAAAGUGAAUUUACUAUGACAGUUUACUUACGUGUCCCACAGAUCUCAGGGAUUUUCAGUAUUUAUAAGAACUGAAAAACUCAGUAUAUGUUUUGUAUGUGUAAUGUAUAAAUUAUAAAAACAUUUUAUAAUGUGAAUAUGUGAAGUGUGAUUCAUUGUAUGUAAAUAUGUAUUAUGUUUAUAAAGAGUGGUCAUGCUCUCUUGUACUUAAAGUACCUUGCACAAAAUAAACAACUUUUUGAUA